AUGGCGCCACCACCGUCAGACGACAUCACCUCCGGAGUCUCCAAGAUGUCACUCAAAAACACCCCCAAAGCCAAGGCGAAGAAGGUAGAGCCUGUUGCCGACAGUUGGGAAGACGAAGAUGUCAGUUCGGAGUCCGAGCCUGAAGUCAAGACUGAACAAAAGUCUGAGCGUGGGCGUGAAUUUGGUGCGGAACCGGAAUCGUGGGAGGACGACAACAACAACAGUGACGAUGAAGAGAGAGCUCCCUCUCCGCCACCUUCACGCAGCAGAAAGCCAGAACCAUCAAAUAGCACUUCCGUACCACCAUUCCUCGACUUCACUGGACCAGGCGGCGCCAGCAGCACCGCGUCAUCAGAGUACAAGAGGCCCGAAAAGACGGACGCAGUAGCCCGUCGGCUGAUUGCCGGUGCUCUUGGAUUGAAAGCACCCAAGCUGACCGAGGAGCAAAAGGCCUAUGACCGGGCCUUGCGCGAGAAGGAGCGCAAGAGGAAGGAGGAGGAGAGAGAACGGAAGAAGAAGGCGGAGGAAGAGGCCUUGAAGGCCAAGGCUGCUAUUUGGGAAGACUAA